AGAGGGAGCAGAAGCUAAGCCUCGGCCGAGAAGACCCGCAAAGGGGGCUCCAGACAACGUUAGCCUAAGCGCCCAGGAGAGAGGUGGUGCGUGCGGGUUCCAGUCUCCACACUCCACUUCGCGUCCAGAUAGAGGCAACCACUUUCUACUCCGGUGCUGGAGACCCCGACAGCAGCGCAGCCCCACUGACUCAGCUCUCUGCUUUGCUCGGGGCAGCUCCCCUGACCCUAUCCAUUCCAGUUCCUGGGGACUCUCGGACCCCGGCGGCGGCAAGGAGGGCCGAGAGUGGGGUCUGAGGGCACCAUGGAGGUGGCGCCGGACCAGCCCCGCUGGAUGGCCCAUCACGCCGUGCUCAACGCGCAGCAUCCGGACUCGCACCACCCGGGCCUGGCGCACAACUACAUGGAGCCCGCGCAGCUGCUGCCCCCAGAUGAGGUGGAUGUGUUCUUCAAUCAUCUGGACUCACAGGGCAAUCCCUACUAUACCAACUCGGCCCAUGCCCGAGCGCGGGUCUCCUACAGCCAGGCACACGCUCGCCUGACCGGGAGCCAGAUGUGCCGGCCUCACCUCCUACACAGCCCCGGAAUCCCGUGGCUAGAUAGCGGCAAAGCGGCACUGUCGGCGGCUGCGGCCCACCACCACAACCCCUGGACUGUGAGCCCCUUCUCCAAGGCACCCCUGCACCCAUCGGCAGCUGGAGGCCCGGGCACGCUCUCAGUGUACCCGGGCGGAGGCAGCGGCGCCAGCGGCAGCGGCUCCGUCUCCUCUCUCACGCCCGCUUCACACUCGGGGUCGCACCUCUUUGGCUUUCCCCCGACCCCGCCCAAGGAGGUAUCUCCGGACCCCAGCGCCAGCAGCGCGGCCUCGCCUGCCUCCUCAUCAGCAGGAGGGGUCCGGCCAGAGGACAAGGAGGGUGUCAAGUACCAAGUGACCCUGUCUGACGGCUUAAAGAUGGAGGGCGGCAGCCCCCUCCGGAGCAGCCUAGCUUCCAUGAGCGGGCAGCCCUCCACGCACCACCCUAUCCCCACCUAUCCCUCCUAUGUACCCGCUGCCCACGACUACAGCGGCAACCUCUUCCACCCGGGUGGUUUCCUGGGCGGCCCCGCCUCCAGCUUCACCCCCAAGCAGCGCAGCAAGGCCCGCUCCUGCUCAGAAGGCAGAGAGUGUGUGAACUGCGGGGCCACCGCUACCCCACUCUGGAGAAGGGAUGGCACCGGGCACUACCUGUGUAAUGCCUGCGGGCUCUACCACAAAAUGAAUGGACAGAACCGGCCACUCAUCAAGCCCAAGCGGAGACUGUCAGCAGCCAGGAGAGCUGGGACCUGUUGCGCCAAUUGCCAGACCACCACCACCACCUUAUGGCGCCGAAACGCUAACGGGGACCCCGUCUGCAACGCCUGUGGCCUCUACUACAAACUGCACAAUGUGAAUCGGCCACUGACCAUGAAGAAGGAGGGGAUCCAGACCCGUAAUCGGAAGAUGUCUAACAAGUCUAAGAAGAGCAAGAAGGGUGCUGAGUGCUUUGAGGAACUGUCCAAGUGUAUGCAGGAGAAGUCAUCCCCAUUCAGCGCAGCUGCCCUCGCCAGCCACAUGGCUCCCAUGGGCCACCUCCCACCCUUCAGCCACUCGGGACACAUCCUGCCCACGCCCACUCCUAUCCACCCUUCCUCCAGCAUCUCUUUUGGACACCCCCACCCAUCCAGCAUGGUGACUGCCAUGGGCUAAGAGCAGCAGCCCAGGUUCGGAGGCCUCACCCAGGACAUGGACAGACAGAAAAGAUGGAUGGACAGACCUCGAUGUCAGGGUGGGAGUGGGGGGGGGCUGAAAGCAGGGGAGCACCUGGGGUGGGGAGAGGCAGGGAUUAGGGCUCCAGAAGGGGCUUAAACUCUGGGUAGGGCAGCGAUGGGCAGCCACCCCUCCCUCUCCCUCAGGAAUAACAACCAAGACGACAUUGCCUGGGUCACUCCCACUGAUGGGACUGGCAGUCCUGGCUUGGGGCUCAACAAAGCCUUUUCCCUCCCUCGUUCCCCACAGCCCUCCAUGCCUGUCCUCCUCCCUCUCUGGCCUCUCUGCUAUUACUGUGAAUUUCAUAAACUGGUCUGAGAUGGCUAGCCAGAUUUCUGUCUUGGACAAUUGUUUGGGGGGAAUAGGACAACUUAAUAAAAAGGAAAGGAAAAAAGGAACUUUAAUUGUUCGAAAAACAAAGAUGGAAAAAGGUAUAAAAAUAAUUUAUUUUUUUCUUGUUUUCAGUGAGGACUUGGGGAUUUUGCAAGGGUCUCAGCUAUUGAUGCAAGAACCCUUCCCCUCCUCCAACACCUCUAUGUUCUGCCCCCCCCCUUGGGGGGAGGUAGUCUCAGUUGAAGAAAAAUUGACCAACUGGAAACCUGCCCCAUUUGUUCUAGCAACCCAGCCCAUCAGCUUAUGGGAUGGGAUGGGCACUUCCACCUCCCCUCAAAUGGUGGAGAAGUCAUGAGUCUGCCUCCCCAGGGGUAUCGAGGAGGUGGGUUGGCUAGGUUCUAGUGGCCUCAGAAAUGGGACCCCAGUUGGGUGUAGAGAAAGAGCACCCAUUGGGCCCUGGGGAGGAGUCAUGUCCGCCCCUCAGCCUAGCAGGUAGUAUUGGCGGGGAGGGAAAGGCUGGCAUAGAGGAGAUGGAGAGAAGGCAGGGAAAGGGUGUCAGCUCAGCAGGGUUGGGGGACACUGGGGAGGGAGAGACAAUCACAAAGUGGCCAGCACUGAGGCUGAGGAGGGAAGGAUGGGUCAGAGGAAGGAAACACCCUGAAGAGAGGGAGAGGAAAGAGAGAAUUCCCCCCAGGACCUGAGUUUUGUUGUUGUUUUGGAAAGGAAAGAGAAAAUAAAACUACGAAGAAGUCCUCCUCUAAAGAUAAAUACCAGUGUGGCCAGUGUGAAGUGUGUCCUCCUGCUGGUGGGAGCCAUACUCCUGCAGCGGGUGCCAGCCUAAGCCCAUGUACAUACUUAGCUAUUCUUCUGCUGACCCUUCCUUUCCUCCUUGACUCCACUUGCCUCUCUUCUCCCCUCCCAGCUAGGGGAUAGAAAACUGCAUAAGCUUAACUCACCAAUGAGUUGGUCUUUAUUUUGUUUUUUUAAUUUCUUUUUGGAUCAAGCCAAUUGUAUAUUGCAAAAGUCCUGCUAAGAAGGAAAUAAAACAUAAGAAAAUGGAUGUACUUUCCUAUUUUUUUCCUAACUAUGUAAUUCAAAAGCAUUAGCUACAACAGAGCAGAGAGCCAGGGACCGGAAGGGGAGAGAGGUUUCCUGGCUUUGUUCCUGUUGAUAUGCUUGCUUUUCUCUGUCUUUGGGGGUUUUCUGGUCUCUGUCUGGACAGGUAGCUGCACUUUGCAAAGAAGGGAAUCCACAGGGAUACAGGGUCCAGUUGUUGUCAAGGUCUGGGUGUUGGGAGGAUGGGACUGACCUUACCCCUGGCAUUCUAGGAGAGCAAUCCUGGUGCUAUGGGGAAGAUGUCCCCUGGUCGUGGAGAUGUCCUGGGCCAGGUUUUCUGAAAGAGCUGUUGAUGUUAAGGAUCUAUCUUAUCCUGUAUGAGGGGUUCUUGGAUCGGUACCUCCCAGGGUUAGAAGGGAGACGCCUUCCUGAGGAUGGUAUUACAGGGUAGAUGAGUCGUUGCCCAGGCAUUGAUCUACUGAGCUACAAAAUUGGUCCUGUGCUUGUCUGGAUUCUUCCCAUGGUACAGCUGUACAUAAUCUGUACGAGGUGGGGCUUAGGGGGUGGGUGGUGAGGGGCGGAGAAGAUAUUGUCCUGAUACAGUGAUAUAUUGACAGAGUGCAAUAUAAUCAGUCGCUACAGUGGGCACACCACAGUUGGGAGUAACUUAUUUUGUACUUGUAUCAGCAUAAGAAAAAAAAAUAAAUCUGCAGUAUUUUCUGUUUUUAUUUUUUAUUUUGCUUGUUUAUUUUGGAUUAGUGAACUAAGUUAUUGUUAAUUAUGUACAACAUUUAUAUAUUGUCUGUAAAAAUUGUAUGCUAUCCUCAUAUUCCUUCGAAGUGAAU